CCAGGUAUUACGGUUUCCAGCAACAUGGCCGCCUCCAUGAAGUGUUCCGUCUGAAGCUAAUAGGUCAGAGUUAUCCAUGUUGACAAAGAAGGUUCCUCCUUUGGAGAGUUUCCUGGCACUGGUCUCCAGGCAUACCAGUCACCUUGCCAGACAGCGCUAUGAUGUCAUUGUGGUGGGUGGGGGUCACGCAGGGACCGAGGCAGCAGCGGCGGCCUCAAGGGUGGGAGCUAAGACGCUGCUGGUUACACAGAAAAUUAACACCAUUGGUGCCUUGUCAUGCAACCCAUCCUUGGGAGGAGUAGGCAAGGGUCACCUGGUGAAGGAGGUGGACGCUUUAGAUGGGGUUUGUGGUCGAGCAGGAGACUGGGCUGGUAUCCAUUUCUCCAUCUUGAAUCGGAGAAAAGGCCCCGCAGUGUGGGGGCCACGGGCUCAACUAGACCGCCAACGCUACCGCCAAUUCAUUCAGUCCGAGUUGCUGUCCACUCCUAGACUGAAGAUUCUGGAGGGAUCUGUGGAGGAGCUUCUUGUAACAGAACCAAACCCAGAAGAGCCCGGACACCACAGAAUCACAGGAAUACGUUUAGGUGGGCAUCAAACAACAAAUGAAGUUGUUACAAUGAUCAUCCUUUUUUCUUUCAUUAUGUCAGCAGGUGGAAGCCUCCCAAUCUCUGCCGGCUGUGUGGUUCUUACCACUGGUACUUUCCUGUCUGGCUCCCUCUUCAUGGGUCAGACAACAUCCCCUGGAGGGCGGAUGGGAGAUGCCCCAUCCAGCACCGGGAUGUCCCACACACUGCGGGAACGGCUGGGGCUGAAGAUGGGUCGACUCAGGACGGGAACCCCUCCCAGAAUUGUGAAGGAUUCUGUUGACUUCCAUGAGGCUACGCUGCACCCCCCUGACAGUCAACCUAGUCCCUUUAGCUUCCUGAAUAGACACACUCACUGCAAGCCAGAGGAGCAGCUACCAUGCUACUUGACCUUCACCAAUCCUGGUGUUGACAACGUGGUGAGGCAGAGUCUUCAUCUCAACUGUCACAUACAGCAGGACACCAAAGGCCCGAGGUACUGUCCCUCAAUUGAGGCCCGAGUACUCAGAUUUCCAGGCCGCAAACAUCAGGUGUGGCUGGAGCCUGAAGGCAUGACCUCUGACCUCAUAUACCCUCAGGGUCUGUCUAUGACUAUGCCCCCUGACUUGCAGCUCCGCCUCCUCAGAGAGAUACCGGCUUUGCGCAGAGCUGAAAUCCAGACACCUGGUUAUGGCGUGCAGUAUGACUUUGUGUGCCCCACUCAGCUGAACUCUGCGCUGCAGGUGAAAAGCACCCAAGGUCUGUUUCUAGCCGGGCAGAUUAAUGGGACCACAGGGUAUGAGGAGGCUGCAGCACAGGGCUUGUGGGCGGGGGUCAACGCUGCCCGUGCAGCUCUCUCCAUGCCGACAAUGGUGCUGUCUAGGACUGAGAGCUACAUCGGAGUUCUCAUCGAUGACCUGGUGACGCGAGGUGUCACAGAACCUUACCGGAUGUUCACCAGUCGGGCUGAGUUUCGCGCUUCUCUGAGGCCAGACAAUGCAGACCUCCGUCUUACACUGAAAGGGUUUGAGGAAGUGGGAUGCGUGUCCUCCAUGCGUUACAAGGAGGCUGUUCGAGUGAGGGACAGUCUCAAUGAAGCACUAGCAGCUCUUCAGGAUGUCACUCUGUCCACCACAAACUGGAGACACAAGCUGCCUCAUGUGCACGUCAGCGAGGCAAAGACUGGCAUUCAGACUGGCUUGGAGCUGUUACAGUACAACGACGUGUCCUUUGAAAUGUUGGCAACCGCCUUCCCAGAAUGCCUUUCAGCGUACAGGGAAUUUGCACAAAGGCUGAAGAUAGAAGCUGUGUACAGGCCUCACUGUGUCCUCCAGCAAAAAGAAAUAGAGAGAAUCCAAAAGGAAGAGAGCAUGUCUCUCCCACAGGACUUGGACUACUUCUCUCUGCCAGUGUCUCUCUCUCAGGAAGUCAGAGAAAUUUUGGACAGAGUUCGGCCCAGCACAUUGGGUGCUGCUACACGUUUGCAAGGAAUAACUCCGGCUGCAAUUGUCCACCUUCUCAACUAUGUUCUACACUCUGAGAGGAAGCAGAAGAGGAUGCAGAGGAGCUAAACCGACCAAAUGGAGUGGAGAAAAGUAGAUUUGUAUGAAAAAAUAUAUGUUAGUAUAAUACAGUCACCUGAGAUAAUUUAAUAAAAAUGUACACAAAUAGAUUAGCAUAUUUCAAUACCAGACAAAAAAAUUUCAUUUGUUUUUUUCUCUAGACGUUUCCUCUUCAAGUGCACAUUUACAAAAUUACAUUUGUUUAUUUUGGGUCUGCAGAAUGUGAAAUAACGGACUUGACUAAUAAAUGAUUUCUUUCAAUAACCUCUCCAUCUAUGAUCCACCUACCUGGUGAAGAAUUCUAACCAGACCGUGAGCACCAUUAAACUCUUUAAGGGUCCUUCUCAGCACUAAGAAUGUCCGUCCAGGUGAAGAACCCAAGGCAGAGCAUAUCUGUCAAGUUGACCCAAAGCCCUGGAAGGGUUUGGGGUAAACUGUCAUGUCAGCAAACACGACCUCAGUGGUUAGACGUAUAGGUGACGUCAGAGGACACUGAAAGAGACAAGAGGAGGUCAUUUAGACAUUUUAAGAUAAAGAAAUAUGAAACUUGUAUUCAACUUACCUUGAACUUGCGACACUGGAAGAGGUAUUUAGCUCCCAGAAUGUAACUUUGUGGAAGGUGCAGGAGGCCCAUGCGAGCCCACAACACUUGCACAGAGAGGACGUAUGGAAGAGUGCAGCCUGAUUCACAGGUUGCCUAUGAGGGGGGAAAGCUCUUAAUUUAGUACACUCCAAGAUUCUCAAAAUUCACACUAUGGAUAAAAGUAGGCCAUAACAAAUAAGAACAUUCUACAGAUUUUGGAAUGUGUAGGAUUUUUUUAUUCCAUUAUUUUUUUAUCGUUAUCUUUUGUAAUGUCUUAUUUUCUUUUUUUAUUGCUGCAUUCACUAUAUUAUGACAUUUAUAUAACACAUUUACUAAUGUUAUAUUUUAUUUAUUUCACUUUUCCUUUUCUUACCUUUGCCACUGCAUCAGCUACCUAUUGUAUUCUACACAUUUUCUAUUCUCUCCCUAUCACAAAAUGCUGACCUUUAAACGAACGAAUGUUUCAAUGACAAAAUGGAAACUUAAAUUAUUAAGUGUCAACAUGUUAAACACAUGGUAUGACUGCAUUAUCUGUAAUAAGUAUGGAGAAGGGGUAGGAUUAAAUUAGCAUUGCUUCUGCCUACUCCUUUGCAGAUAUGUUGAAUGGUAUAAAUGUAAUCAUGUUCCUUAAUGUAACCUGUUAAGCAUUUGCGAAACAAAUAAAUC